AUGUCAAAGGAUAUGAGCAGCUGCUUAGAAUCCCUUCCUAGCUGUGAUAGCUCAGGGUCUGGCGAGCAUCUUUUGCCUGCUCCAGGUACCUCUUGGGCUUCAUCAGGACAGGAUGAAGAUGAGUUAGAUGACUCCUUACUGGAACUCUCAGAUGGAGAAGAAGACGACAGUCCCUUCAGUUACACUGAAGAAGAGAUUCAGGAGCUUUUGAGGGAUGAUGCUUCCCCAAACGAUCAGUCCCCUCUGGGUGGAGGGCUAAAAAAUGCAGGUGGUCAAAUGGAGAAAGUGGGGAGAGAUAGUUGUGUGUCACUUGACUCUCCCCAAGACAUAAAUUCACCAUGUAGCUUGGAGCUUGGAGCUGGGCCAGCCAGCAUCCUCCAGCUACCGCAGGUAAGUACACCAGCUAGUCACAGCCUCACUCCCACCAAACUGUCUAGCAGACACUGUGCACCAGAAAAGAAUCUUUUGAAAGUAACCACUGUCCCACCAUUUAAGCCAAUCGUUUGGAAAGGUGCACUUGGAAAAGAUAAGAUGGAAUCCUCCAAAGACACCUGCAGGAACGCAGACCGCUUCGGAAGACCUUCCCAUCCAGGGGAAGGUGGGAGCAAAGACGGCGCUAGUAGUAAUAACAGCAAACCUUUGACUGGGCAUGAAGAAACUUAUUCUGCUAGCUCUGUUUGGGAAGGACCUUUGUCUCCUUCCAAAGGUAACCCUCCACAGAUGGUCUAUGGGACCAAAAUGCCUUGUCAUGAUGUGCCUACCCCUUUAAUCUCUCUGACCUUGGAACCGACAGGUAGCCCCUCUGAUGGGAAAUCAUCUUUGGGGAAUAGGAGACAUAAAAUCAGUGGUGCAAGCCAGUGCCCAGCUGUUCCCUCAUCAUCAGGCAAACGCAUCAUCCUAGAUAAGGAUUCUGGGAAGAUGGUGGGACACGAGACAAGAAGAAUGAACAAAAUUGCCCCACUCCUACCAAUGAGAGCAAGGAUUAAGUAUCCGAGAUUUUCACAAGCAGAACCAGAACCCAAGAUGCAGAUUUCACUCAAGAAUGGUAUCACUCAUGUACCAAAACCUAGGGCUCUGAACCAGGGGUCCUUAGGUGAGUUGUAUGCCUUGAUGAACCGAGUCGCUAGUGUGGAACAUCAAAUCCGGAAUCACAGGUGGCAGCACCUUUCAGCCCUCACCAUGAUAAACUACCCCCGGUUCAGGCAGAGGCCUCUACAGAGGUACAGCCUGACUUAGUGGACAGACAGACCUCAUGGAGCCAUUGUGGGUCUCAGGGCCUUGGGCUCCCCUAGGGUCCGGAUUCAGAGCGGGGAGGUAAGGGAGCACUGUCGUUGGUCCUAUCGUCGCUACCCUUCCCAUUCCCAUCUCCAAUCGUCCGCCUACCAUUCUCCCCCGCCACCCCGAAGGCAGCCGAGGCGCCCCCGCCCCUCCCGGUACGCAGCACUGGUGAAGCUGCCCCUCCUGGGUUCCCGACGGGAGCACGCCCAGCUCCGGCUGUUGCCGCGCGCCAUUGUACCCCGCUGGGGCUCGGUCCGCCUGCUUCUGUGCGCCUUCGGUCCAUCGGGCUCCUCUUCUCUCCCGCUGCUGGCUAGGCCAGGGAGCUGA